GCCAUGGCCGACGACUUCGGCUUCUUUUCCUCGUCCGAGGGGGCCGGCGCCGAGGAGGACCCGGCCGCCGCUUUCCUGGCCCAGCAGGAGAGCGAGAUCGCGGGCAUCGAGAACGAUGAGGGCUUCGGGCCGACCGACGGCGAAUCGGCCACCGCCCCGGCCGGGCAGGCGGCCCCGCCGGAACCGGGUGAGCGCCGCGCUGCGCCGGCCACUGUCAAUGGAGAUGUCUUUCAGGAGUCCAAUGGCCCCACGGAUGCCUAUGCAGCCAUAGCCAAGGCUGACCGUCUGACCCAGGAACCUGAGAGCAUCCGCAAGUGGAGGGAGGAGCAGAAGAAGCGCCUGGAGGAGCUGGAUGCGGCAUCAAAGGUGACUGAGCAGGAAUGGCGUGAGAAGGCCAAGAAGGACCUGGAGGAGUGGAACCUGCGUCAGAAUGAGCAGAUGGAGAAGAACCGGGCAAACAACAGGAUCGCUGACAAAGCCUUUUACCAGCAGCCGGACGCCGAUGUGAUUGGCUAUGUUUCUGCCAGUGACAGCCCUCAAUGUCUCUGCAGGGCCUCAGAGGAAGCAUUCCUGAAGGAGUCCAAGGAGGAAACCCCAGGCUCCGAGUGGGAGAAGGUGGCCCAGCUCUGUGAUUUCAACCCCAAGAGCAGCAAGCAGAGCAAGGAUGUCUCGCGGAUGCGCUCGGUGCUCAUCUCCCUCAAACAGACGCCCCUGUCCCGCUAGCUGCCACUGGCACAGCCGGGAGCGCAGCAGGGCAAGGCCAAGCUCACUGAGCCGGGCGGCUUCACGGGGCCAGCCCAGGAGGGGCCUCACCCUGCCAGUCCCCUGCUCCCUGGUGUGCGCCUCGGCUGUGCUCGAGUCACUGGUUGUAACUCUCCCCAUGGUUUUCCUUUGCUUAAAAGGUGCAUCGGUCUCUUUUUACACUUAUUUAUUACUGUGGCAUUUCCCCGGGAAGCGACACUGGGUGGCAGAGCUGAGUUAGCUGGGGAGCCCCCGGCCUGGGCUUUGCGGGAGGUUGUGCCCAGGGCCCUGGCUGAGUGAGAGGGGGAACACCCCACCCCGUGUUCCCCACCUCACCCCUGUGCUGGGAAUAAACCUGCCUGCGGCUGUCCUGGUGCCAGGCAGGUGCAGGCAUGGCAGCCCCAUGUCUGGGCCUGGGUCCUAGCCCCAAGGCAGCGAUCCUAGUGGGACCCGUAGCUCCCAUCUGCCUUUCUGGCAGGGUUUACAGCAGAGCUGGCUGUGGGGCUGGGAGUGUGGAGGAACAGCCCUGACUCAGCUAUGCAACACAAGGUUCUGCAGGGAGCGCAGCCGCAGUGCGAUGUUGCUGGGCUAGCAGGGAGUGAGGAAUGUGAGUUCAGCACCCAGGCUGGGCUGGAAAUGCCAGCAGUUGCCCCAAGCACAGCAGACCUCUCCCCAGCCUGGCUGUGCACCUGAAAAAGCUGGCAAAGCUCCGAGCAGCAGUUGCAGUGUCUGUGUCCCAUCUGUCCUGUGGGGCUGCUGGUGCCAAGGCAGCACAGUAGUGCAGGGCACUAGGAAGGGGCCAUGGGGUGAGCGUGCAGGAUGUUUUCUGUCAUCCCCCAAGACCACCAGCAGUUGGGAAUGUGGGGUGCCAGGCUUUGUGGGCCCUUGGCUCUGCUCUAUUCCUUCCCCUGCUACUAGGAUGGGAGAUGGAGGCUGUGUGGUUGCAGGGAAGCAGAUAGGAAGGUCCAGCUGCUGUGGGGCAGGUGAAGCCCCCAGCUCCCUAACCCAGGGGCCCAGAGCAGGAUUGGGCAGAGUUCUGGUGCCGGGACUUGUGCUGUCCCUGGAGAACAACCCGUGUAUCUGUCUGCAGCUACUCUGUGGCUUCUCUUUGACCUCCGCUGGAUUUGCACACUUAAGGCAGCAUGGCAAGAUGCCUCAGUCCCGCUCCCCGCCCCACAAUGCACACGCUUUCCAGCCCAAACACUGGGUUUCUCUCUGCUUGGCAGGGCUGGCACCAGCCCCUCCAGCUCAGAGGCCCAGCCCUAGAAACCUGCAAAACUCCCACAUAGCAGGAGAGGGGCAGCCCUGCAUGCACCCUGCUGUGGGGCAGCCCUGCAUACACCCUGCUGUGGGGCAGCCUGGAGCUUGUGCCCCAGGUCUGGCCCACCAGGGGCUUGGGAAGGUCUCGCAGCAGCGGGCUGGGGGGACAUGGAGCAGAGUCCACAAAACAUUUGCUUGAGCCUCACUGCACAGCUCUGCUCAGCCAAAAAGCAAGUGUACAGAGCUCUCCUGCCCUGCAGCUAUGGCUCCAUGAGUCAGGAAGGUCACCUGCCCUGCUGCUGCAGCCCUCAUGGGGUGACUGGGCACCCCAGGCUCUGGGGCACGGGCUCAGCAGUGGGCUGGGAAGUGAAAUGGGUGCAUAGGGAGUCACUCGGUGUUGUGUGCUGGGAUUGUGCCCCCUUGUCCAUAGGGCUGAUUGCUCCUACUCUGUCCCCCUGCACUCCAGCAUAUGUAGGCACCUCUGCUGUGGUGUGGGAUGGAUGCUGAUGCAGGAUACCUCGGGACUUGGCUGCCUGCUUCCGCCUUUCACUGCAGAGCAGCAGGAAGUGCCUCUGGCUGCUUCCUGGGGGCAGGGAGCCCCCCCUGCGCUCUGGCCCUCCAGCCCCGGCAGGCAGCCAGGCCCCUGGGUCCCCCAGCUGCCAUGCACUCCAUGUCAGGCAGGGGCAGCCAGCUCCUGGGGAGCCAUGCCCACAGCUGUUCUACAUCCCCUUGGCUUUGGUUAUCUGUGACUGUUCAAAUUACCUGUUAAAAUAAACCGACAUCUCCAAUCCUA